UUUUUUUUUUCAACUGAUUGGAUCAUGGAGAAGCAGCAGGCGAUGGUUGAUCAAAAUCCCACUUCAUGGAAAUACACAUGGAAGAUUACCAACUUCACUAGCUUGAUUCAAAAGACGUCCUCCUCCGAAGCGUUCACGUUCGACGACAACGCCUGGCGAAUACUCAUUUGCCCCAAGGGGAAGGACGUAGAGUACUUGUCCAUGUACUGGGAAGCCACUGAUUCCACGAGGCUACCAUCAGGGUGGCGCAGAAGCGCCUGUUUCAGAUUGAUUCUGGUCGAUCAGAACAAUUAUGGCCAUUCUAAGAUUAAGGGUACACUGAUUGCGAUUCUGAUUAUGUGCGGUUUUUUCAGUCUGCUGAGGGAAUCUGAUUUUGAGAUAUGGUGGAAUGAGAAACCUUCUUUCAUUUUUGCUACUUUAUUCCUCUUUCAUGUCUAGGAUGAAUUUACGCACAUAUAAGUUCUUGCAAUUGAUGGAAUUCGUCUUAGUAA